AAAGGUGACCGCACGUUCUCAAUUUCCGUAAAAAUGAAACUAAACUGAACUGGAAGCGUUUUAAUUAUCUCUUCAAAACAAUAUAUUUCAGACUUGUAAACAAACACCUGAUUACAGCUGGUACCCAUUAACAGACGUGCAAUGGCAGAAUCUUCACCAACAUCGCCAAAACCAAAACGGGCCAAGAGAGAGUGUAAGGGUGAACCUUCAGUUCCGUUAUCAUCCAGUGUUUUUCUGACUGAGGAGCUUCAGUGUUCUGUGUGUCUGGAUCUGUUCAUUGAUCCAGUCAGCACUCCAUGUGGACACAACUUCUGCAAGAGCUGUCUGAAACAGUACUGGGAAGACAGUCACAUCUACUCGUGUCCAAUGUGUAAAGAAACAUUCAGUAAAAGACCAGACCUCAAGAUUAACACAACACUUAGACUCGCACUGCAUUUUAAGAAAAAGAUCAGUCUGAGAAGAUCUGAAGUUCUCUGUGACAUCUGUGAUAAAAGAAAGCUGAAAGCCCUGAAGUCGUGUCUGAUGUGUCAGACCUCAUACUGUGAAAGGCACCUGGAGCUUCAUCAAAAAAUUAGUUUAAAGAAACACAAACUGAUUGAUCCUGUGGAGAAUAUAAAGGACUAUAUAUGUCAGAAACAUAAGAGACCUCUGGAGCUCUUCUGUAGAGAUGAUCAGACAUGUGUGUGUGUGUUUUGUACUGAAGGAGACCACAAGACUCACAACACUGUUCCUCUAGAGGAGAUGAGUAAAGAGAAGAAGACUCAACUGAAGAAGACACAGACAAACGUUCAGCAGAUGAUCCUGGAGAGAAUCAAGAAGAUUCAAGACAUCAAACACUCAGCAGAACUCAGAAAAAGGAACACAGAUGAGCAGAAAGCAGCGAGUGUUGAGGUCUUCAGCGCUCUGAUCAGAUCCAUUGAGAGAUGUCAGACUGAGCUGCUGGAGAUGAUGGACGAGCAGCAGAAAGCAGCAGAGAAACAGGAUGAAGAUCUCAUGAAAGAUCUGGAGCAGGAGAUCACUCAGCUGAAGUGGAGAGACAGUGAGCUGGAGCAGCUCUCACACACUGACCAUCAUCUCCACCUCAUACAGAUUGACCCAUCCCUGUACAGACCUCCACACACCAAGAACUGGUCUGAGAUCAGUAUGAAGACUGAUGUGAGUGUGGAGACUCUGAUUAGAGCUCUGACUCAACUGCAGGAGACUCUAGACGACAAACUCACUCAAACUGUGUUGAGGAGGAUGCAGCAGUAUGCAGUGGAUGUGACUCUGGAUCCUGUUACAGCUCAUCCAUAUCUCAUCCUGUCUGAAGAUAGAAAACAAGUGAAAACUGGAGACAUUGAGCAAAAACUCCCAGAUAAUCCAGAGAGAUUUGAUAAAUGUGUCUGUGUUCUGGGAAAAGAGGGAUUCUCUUCAGGGAGAUUUUAUUUUGAGGUGCAGGUGAAGGGAAAAACUGAAUGGGAUUUAGGAGUGGUGAGAGAGUCUAUUAUCAGGAAGGGAUAUAUUAAAAUGGGUCCUGAGGAUGGACAGUGGACUGUAGUUCUGAGGGAUGAGAAUGAUUAUAGAGCUCGUGCUGGUCUCCGUGUCUCUCUGUGUCUGAGAGUGAGUCCACAGAAGGUGGGGGUGUUUGUGGAUUAUGAAGAGGGUCUGGUCUGUUUUUAUGAUGUGGAGAACAGAUCUCAUAUCUAUUCUUUCACUGCUCAAACUUUCACUGAGAAACUCUUUCCUCUCUUCAGUCCAUGUCUUAAUGAUGGAGGUAAAAAUUUAGCCCCACUGAUCAUCUCACCUGUUCAUUACAACAAAUAAAUUAACGCCCAGAAUAUACUGUAAAAUGCUACAAGAUAUCAAAGUUAAUUACAGAUUAAUUACAGAUUGAAAAUUCUACUGUUACAGCUGUGGGAGUGUGCCUGUGCUUUUUUCACUUUCUCUCUAUCUCUCUCUGUUGUCUCGUCCCAGAUAGCAAAUUUUUGCGGCCCAAAUCUGGCCCACACCUUA